AUGUCUGUGAAUCCCGAUACUCGCUCUGAGCAGGAUCUUCAUCGAUACAUGUCAUACACAAAAAAGCGAGCACUCGAAACAGCAACCCGACACCAAUAUGAAGCCACACGACAAGAACGGAUAAAACAGAAUGAAUAUACAGCCGAAAGUCGCAAGAGUGGGUUAAUGGAGAUAUUUGAGAGUGUUGAUAAGGGCUCGCAGUUACGGAAGUGUAGCCAAUCGGGAAAGCCGAAGACAACCCCUCUGGGAAAUGCCACUAACACAUCCAAAGCUCUUAAUGUCACUAGGGUCGAGGGAUUCGUUACAAAAACCGAGAUAGUACCAAUGCUGCCAUGCAAGGGCUAUACCCUACCACAUAGGAAUCUGUUUAUCGGAGGAAAGUGGCCUGCAUUAGACGUGAAUGAGUGGAGGUACGAAGUGUUCGGGCUGGAAAGAUUAAGAGAUGAGACAAUGCAGAAGAUAUACAAUAUCUCAACUCUUCAACAUGAACACGAAAGAUCUGAUGAUCAGCAGGGAGAACCUUCAGAUGGGAGUCAGUCACAGUCACAGGGUUUCGAUGUGGAAGAUUCCCAAUCACAAACGCUUGAGCAGAAGACAUUCAUCUUUACGCAGGAACCACAAGGUCUAUGUCAUCCAAUACCAUUGAAGGUGGGUAAUAACUUUAACAAAAGUGGUAAUGGCCCUGGGUGGGAGGAUGGGAUCUUGUGGGAUAGUGGGCCAGCUUAUCUCUGA